UCUUAAACACACACACACACUCACACACACUCACACACUCUGCGUUUGUAUAUCAACGUUUAAAACACACACAGCUCGCAGCAGUUCAUUUUGCACACACUCAGACGAGACUUGAUUAAAACACACCGGAAGGAUGGCAGACCAGCUGACUGAGGAACAGAUUGCUGAGUUCAAGGAGGCGUUCUCACUCUUCGACAAAGAUGGCGAUGGCACCAUAACCACCAAAGAGCUCGGCACAGUGAUGCGUUCAUUGGGACAGAACCCUACUGAAGCUGAGCUGCAGGAUAUGAUCAAUGAAGUAGAUGCUGAUGGCAACGGAACUAUAGAUUUCCCAGAGUUCCUAACCAUGAUGGCGAGGAAAAUGAAGGACACUGACAGCGAAGAGGAAAUCCGAGAAGCUUUCAGAGUCUUCGACAAGGAUGGAAACGGCUACAUCAGUGCAGCUGAGCUUCGUCAUGUCAUGACCAACCUGGGUGAGAAGUUGACAGAUGAGGAAGUGGAUGAGAUGAUACGAGAGGCAGAUAUUGAUGGAGAUGGUCAGGUCAACUAUGAAGAGUUUGUCCAGAUGAUGACCGCAAAGUGAAGGAUUGUCUUGUCCUUUCUCUCUCUCUUACAUUGCUUGUCCUACUAAGAUCACUCUGUCUUUAAAAAAAAAAAAAAUCAAGUUUACUUCAGAGAAUUUCAAAUUCUCAAAAAUUCUAAAAUCUACUUUUCAGAAGCAAUUUGUGAAACAUAAUAGCAGAAUUGUCCUAGCAGAGGUGAAUGGACCAAGCAUAACUGCAUGAGCCCUUUCGGAGCAAACGUCUCCAGACCUGACAAAAAUUUCGAGGACAGAAUGUCACUUUUAGUCGCAAAUGAGUUGAAGUCCAUGCCUAACGUGGCAGUCUUUAAAAUGCAGAGAACAUCUCCUUUUAUGAGUGUUCUUUCAUCGCAUCAAAAAUAGAUAAUAAUAUUUAAUAAUAAUAAAAAAAAUGUUGGUUAAUAGUCCAGGGUCAGAGUGCUGCCUUCAAUACAAACAGAGCAAAAACAAAUGCGUUUGACCUUUUGCGGUGAAAUCAUGCUUUUGCAUAUUGCCUUCUGUUUAAGACUCUGAACAAAAACUGGAGGUUGAUGAAGACGUACUUAUUGUAAAAACCAGACGUCAUACUCAUACUAUGUAUAACUGAGGUUUAACAGCAGCGUGCGACUUAAAGAGUGUAUCUUUUUGGGCUAUAAGGCAUGUACUUCGUUACCAGUGGUUAUUGUUAACUGAUUUAACCCUUUAUUUUAAUGUGGGGUUUGUCACUUACAAUGAUGGCUUCAGUAUUUGUGGGAGUAUUCAGAUGCAAAGUAUGUACAGCAGAAUCGAAUUGUGAUUUGAAUAACGCAAACUGUACAAAACAAUAUAGUUCUAUACAUAAUCAUAAUGCAAUCAGUGUUAUGCUUAAUAAAUGUACUGUACUUCAAUAUUAAUGUCUGGUAAACUCUGCAUUGCCUAUUGUUAUUCUAGUUAGGUUUGUGAAUCUUGUUUCGACCAUGGUCUUGAAAUGUGCCAGAAUACUUGUGAGCCUCAACUUUCUUGCAAGAUAUCUUAUAGUCAAUUAAGAAGUAUAUUAUUGAUAUAUAUAUAUAUACACACACACACACACACACACACACACACAGAAAUAUCUAUAUUUACAAUUUGGUGUAGAUCAUAUAUUCAAUCACAGUAGAGGAACCUGCAGCUACCUAUACAGCCAAUUUGUCUCUUGCUCUUGUGGGUUUGUCACAACCUCUGUUGUCAAGUGCUCCGAACUUCAUUUGCGCUCUGCUUGCAAGACGACUGAUGAAGAUGAAACCGUUGAAUGUGGUUUAUUCUGAGGGAUGAAUUGAAAAUGUAUCAAAGGGAUAGUACAUCCAAAAAAAUGACAAUUCUGUCAUCAAUUACUCGCCUUCAUAUUGGGUGAGUAAAUGAUGACAGAAUUUUCAUUUUUUGUGGUGAACUAUCCCUUUUAAAUGAUAUUACUAGCAAGACUCUGGUUGCAUUGGUCUAAUAAUUGGAUUUUCUAUUUAAAUGUAUUCUGUGGAGAGGAGCAGUUCUGUUCAGGACAGUUUCGUGUAUGUCAGGGUUAGAAAAUGAGCGACUAGAUGGAGGAUACUCAACAUGUGAAAACUGUACUGGAUAAUAUGUGAAGGAUGCAUCCGUGUUUUCCAAUAAAAUGAAAUGUAUACUUUUA